GAACUUAACAAUUUAAAGGACUUCACUUUUAAUAUUUCUUUAAAUGAUAAUGGGUUUGCACUUAGAGCAGAUAAAUUUAAAGACCUAUACGCAGAGGGACUAUUAAUAAUAACCAACAUAUUAAAAAAACAAGAGCUAAUUCGACAAAACAAAAUAAAAAGAAACAAAGAACCUGUCGAUCCUACCCUAGGAGCU